AUCUGAGCCCAGGAGCUUGGCUGAUUUCCCCAGUUCUGCCUUUCUCAGAAGGGACCAGGCCUAGGGCACCAUUUGGGGCCCUCAAGGGCUGUGAAGCUCAGGUGUCUCCUUCGUGGUAGGCCCCUACCUGCCCUUGGAGUGGCCUGGAAGGAUCCUGGGUGUCACCCUUUCCACUGUGAGGGCAGGUGGGAAACAGAUGCCAGGACUAUGUCACCUGAGUCUCUGGGAGGAGGAGAGCCUUCUCAUUCUCAUAAAUAAACCAUGAAGCUCACAGAGAAACCCCAGGGCAGGUGCAGAGUGGGAGAGGGUGGCAGAGAAGAGGACAGGGACAGGAAGGGGGAAAAGAAAAGAAGAAAAGAAAGCACUGGGUUGGGCUGAAAGGUCAGAGAGGAGAAAAAAGGAACAGAUCUUUGGGACAGGAGGUCCAAGGGACCCAGGGAGCAGGGCCAGUCUGACCCUCCCAGACUUGAAGCCCCAGGAGGGGUUGAGGGCUCUGCAGCCCAGGGAGUGCGAGUUAGGGUCUAAGGAAGCCCAGGAGUUGGACCCCUGAGCCUGCAAGGGCCAAGAAGCAGUAGUUGGCAAAAUGAUGCCCCAGAAGAAAAAGAGGAGGAAGAAAGUCAUUGAUUUCCUGGGCCUGUACGAGGAGGAGCUGUUGAACUACAACUCGGAGGAUGAUGAGGAUGAGCUGGAACAUGAGUACUACAAGGCCAAGGUGUACGAGGUGGUCACAGCUACAGGGGAUAUUCGUGGUGCAGGGACAGAUGCCAAUGUGUUCAUCACGAUUUUUGGAGAGAAUGGGCUCUCUCCCAAGCUUCAUCUCACCAGCAAGAGCGAGUCUGCUUUUGAGAAAGCCAAUGUUGAUGUGUUCCGGGUGAGAACCAACAAUGUGGGCCUCAUCUAUAAAAUCAGAAUCGAGCAUGACAACACGGGCUUGAAUGCCAGCUGGUACCUCGAACGAGUGAUUGUAACUGACAUGAAGAGGCCUCAUCUCCGUUAUUACUUCAACUGCAACAAGUGGCUGAGCAAGGUGGAAGGUGACCGUCAGUGGUGCCGUGACCUGUUGGCUAGCUUCAACCCCAUGGACAUGCCCAGAGGUAACAAGUAUGAAAUCAAGGUGUACACUGGUGACAUGAUUGGUGCAGGGACAGAUGCUGAUGUCUUCAUCAAUAUCUUUGGAGAGUAUGGAGACACGGGGGAGCGUAGGCUGGAAAAUGAAAAGGACAACUUUGAAAGGGGAGCUGAAGACAAGUUCACAUUGGAUGCCCUGGAUUUGGGACAGCUAAUGAAGAUCAAUGUGGGCCAUAAUAACAAGGGGGGAUCUGCAGGUUGGUUCCUGUCCAAGAUUAUCAUUGAGGAUAUUGGGAACAAAAGAAAAUAUGACUUCCCUCUUAACCGCUGGCUGGCCUUGGAUGAAGAUGAUGGCAAAAUCCAAAGAGACAUCUUAGUGGGAGGAGCUGAGACCACAGCUAUCACCUAUAUUGUCACUGUCUUCACUGGGGAUAUCCGUGGAGCUGGGACCAAAUCUAAAAUCUACUUGGUCAUGUUUGGGGCCAGAGGGAAUAAGAACAGUGGGAAAAUCUUCCUGGAGGGUGGCGUGUUUGACCGAGGCCGCACAGACAUCUUCAAUAUCCAGCUGGCUGUCCUCCUCAGCCCCCUGAGCCGGGUCUCCAUUGGCCAUGGCAAUGUGGGUGUCAAUCGAGGCUGGUACUGUGAGAAGGUGGUAAUCCUGUGCCCCUUCACUGGCAUCCAGCAGACGUUCCCCUGCAGCAACUGGCUGGAUGAGAAGAAAGCAGAUGGGCUGAUUGAGAGGCAGCUCUAUGAGAUGGUGUCUCUUAGGAAGAAACGGCUGAAAAAAUUUCCUUGGUCCCUGUGGGUCUGGACGACUGAUCUGAAGAAAGCCGGCACCAACUCGCCCAUCUUCAUCCAGAUUUAUGGGCAGAAGGGACGGACAGAUGAGAUUCUCCUGAAUCCCAACAACAAAUGGUUCAAACCAGGCAUCAUUGAGAAGUUUAGGAUUGAGCUCCCAGAUCUCGGCAGGUUUUAUAAGAUUCGGACAUGGCAUAAUAGGCGGAAUCCUGGCUCUGGAUGGCAUUUAGAAAGGUGGCCCGGUAUCGCGUGACUGUAUGCACAGGAGAACUGGAAGGUGCGGGGACUGAUGCCAAUGUCUAUCUCUGCCUUUUUGGUGACGUGGGCGACACAGGGGAGCGACUGCUUUACAACUGCAGGAAUAACACCGACCUGUUUGAGAAGGGCAAUGCCGAUGAGUUCACCAUUGAGUCUGUCACCAUAAGGAAGGUGAGGCGAGUGAGGAUCAGACAUGAUGGCAAAGGCUCGGGCAGUGGCUGGUACCUGGACCGGGUGCUGGUGAGAGAGGAAGGGCAGCCGGAGAGCGACAAUGUAGAGUAUCCGUGUCUCAGGUGGCUGGACAAGGAUAAGGAUGAUGGGCAGCUGGUUCGAGAGUUACUGCCCAGUGACAGCAAUGCCACACUCAAGAACUUCCGCUAUCACAUCAGCGUGAAGACGGGGGAUGUUUCUGGGGCCAGCACAGAUUCUAAGGUCUACAUCAAGCUCUAUGGAGAGAAAUCCGACACCAUCAAACAAAUACUUCUUGUCUCUGACAACAACCUCAAAGACUAUUUUGAACGUGGCCGGGUGGAUGAGUUCACCCUAGAGACGCUGAACAUUGGAACUAUCAACAGACUGGUGAUCGGGCAUGACAGCUCAGGCAUGCAUGCAGGCUGGUUCCUGGGUAGCGUCCAGAUCCGUGUGCCUCGCCAAGGCAAGCAGUACACCUUCCCUGCCAAUCGCUGGCUGGAUAAGAACCAGGCUGAUGGGCGUCUGGAGGUGGAGCUCUACCCCAGCGAGGUCGUGGAGAUCCAGAAAUUGGUCCAUUAUGAGGUUGAGAUUUGGACAGGGGAUGUGGGUGGUGCAGGCACCACUUCCCAAGUCUAUCUGCAGAUCUAUGGUGAGGAAGGCAAGACCGCAGUGCUCUUCCUAUCCAGCCGCUCCAAAGUGUUUGAUCGAGCAUCCAAGGAUAUAUUCCAGCUGGAGGCGGCAGACGUGGGUGAGAUCUACAAGAUCCGACUGGGACACACAGGCGAGGGAUUUGGGCCCAGCUGGUUCGUGGACACUGUGUGGCUGCGGCACUUGGUGGUACGGCAGGUGAACCCCACACCUGAGGAGGAGGCCCGGAAAAAGAAGGAGAAGGAUAAAUUGCGGCAGCUGCUCAAGAAGGAGAGGCUGAAGGCCAAGCUACAGAGAAAGAAGAAGAAGAAGAAAAAGAAGGGUAGUGAUGAGGAGGAGGAGGAUGAGGAUGAGGAGUCCUCAUCGGAAGAGUCCUCAUCAGAGGAGGAGGAGGAGGAAGAGACAGAAGAGGAGGAGGAAGAGGAGGAGUUUGGGCCAGGGAUGCAGGAGGUGAUUGAGCAGUACAAGUUCGAAGCCCACCGCUGGCUGGCCCGGGGCAAGGAAGACAAUGAACUUGUUGUGGAACUGGUCCCAGCUGGUCAGCCUGGUCCUGAGCCCAAUACCUAUGAGGUCCAGGUGAUCACAGGGAAUGUGCCCAAGGCUGGCACGGAUGCCAAUGUCUACCUGACCAUCUAUGGUGAGGAAUAUGGGGACACAGGCGAGCGGCCCCUGAAGAAGUCAGACAAGUCCAACAAGUUUGAGCAGGGUCAGACAGACACCUUCACCAUCUAUGCCAUUGACCUGGGGCCUCUGGCCAAGAUUCGGAUUCGCCACGACAACACAGGCAACAGACCAGGCUGGUUCCUGGACCGAAUAGACAUCACAGACAUGAAUAAUGAGAUCACGUACUAUUUCCCAUGCCAACGCUGGCUAGCAGUGGAGGAGGACGAUGGCCAGCUGUCCAGGGAGCUUCUGCCAGUGGACAAGUCCUAUGUGUUUCCCAGCGAGGAUGCAGAGGGUGGGGGACAUGGUGGCAAUAACCCCCUUGACAACCUGGCCUUGGAGCAAAAAGAUAAAUCAACCACUUUCUCGGUGACAAUAAAGACUGGGGACAAGAAGAAUGCAGGCACAGAUGCCAAUGUUUUCAUCACCCUCUUUGGCACACAAGAUGACAAUGGAAUGACCCUCCUGAAGUCCUCCAAGACCAACAGUGACAAGUUUGAAAGGGACAGCAUUGAAAUCUUCACAGUGGAGACGCUGGAUCUGGGAGACCUGUGGAAAGUUAGGAUCGGCCAUGACAACACAGGCAAGGCCCCAGGCUGGUUUGUAGACUGGGUAGAGGUGGAUGCCCCAUCUCUUGGAAAGUGUAUGAUGUUUCCCUGUGGCCGCUGGCUUGCCAAAAAUGAGGAUGAUGGAACCAUCGUCAGGGACCUUUUCCAUGCAGAGCUUCAGACAAGACUUUACACACCAUUUGUCCCUUAUGAGAUCACCCUCUACACCAGUGAUGUCUUUGCUGCUGGGACUGAUGCCAACAUCUUCAUCAUUAUCUAUGGUUGUGAUGCCGUGUGCACCCAGCAGAAGUUCCUGUGCACCAACAAGAGGGAACAGAAGCUGUUCUUUAAGAGGAAGUCUGCUUCCCGCUUCAUUGUGGAGUUAGAAGAUGUGGGCGAAAUCAUUGAAAAAAUCCGGAUUGGCCAUAACAACACUGGCAUAAAUCCGGGAUGGCACUGUUCCCACGUGGACAUCCGCAGGCUCCUCCCAGAUAAAGAUGGUACAGAGACCUUGACUUUCCCAUGUGAUCGAUGGCUUGCCACCUCUGAAGAUGACAAGAAAACCAUCAGAGAACUGGUCCCUUAUGACAUCUUUACCGAGAAGUACAUGAAAGACGGGUCCUUAAGACAAGUGUACAAGGAAGUGGAGGAGCCUCUGGACAUUGUGCUAUACUCGGUGCAGAUCUUCACAGGAAAUGUUCCUGGAGCAGGGACGGAUGCCAAAGUCUACAUCACCAUCUACGGAGACCUCGGGGAUACUGGGGAGCGGUACCUUGGCAAGUCAGAGAACCGUACCAACAAGUUUGAGAGAGGAACGGCCGACACCUUCAUCAUUGAGGCUGCAGACCUGGGUGUCAUCUACAAGAUCAAGCUCCGCCAUGACAACACCAAGUGGUGUGCAGACUGGUAUGUGGAGAAGGUGGAGAUAUGGAAUGACACCAACGAGGAUGAGUUCCUGUUUCUGUGUGGGCGCUGGCUAUCCCUGAAGAAGGAGGAUGGGCGGCUGGAGAGGCUGUUUUAUGAGAAGGAAUACACUGGAGACCGCAGCAGCAACUGCAGCAGCCCUGCUGACUUCUGGGAGAUAGCCUUGAGUUCCAAGAUGGCUGAUGUGGACAUCAACACAGUAACAGGGCCCAUGGCUGACUAUGUUCAGGACGGCCCAGUGAUCCCCUACUAUGUGUCUGUGACCACUGGGAAGCACAAGGAUGCGGCCACUGAUAGCCGAGCCUUUGUCUUGCUUAUUGGUGAGGACGAUGAGCGCAGUAACCGUAUCUGGCUGGACUACCCCCAAGGGAAGCGGGGCUUCAGUUGUGGCUCUGUGGAGGAGUUCUAUGUUGGAGGCUUGGAUGUGGGCGUCAUCAAGAAAAUAGAGCUGGGCCAUGAUGGGGCCUCCCCUGAGAGCUGCUGGCUUGUGGAAGAGCUGUGCUUGGCAGUGCCCACCCAGGGCACCAAGUACACAUUACGCUGCAACUGCUGGCUUGCUAAGGACAGGGGCGAUGGUGUCACCUCCCGUGUCUUUGACCUCCUGGAUGCCAUGGUAGUGAACAUUGGAGUAAAGGUGCUUUAUGAAAUGACAGUGUGGACUGGUGAUGUGGUCGGUGGGGGCACAGACUCCAACAUCUUUAUGACUCUCUAUGGUAUCAAUGGGAGCACAGAAGAGGUGCAACUGGACAAAAAGAAAGCCAGAUUUGAGCGGGAACAGGAUGACACAUUCAUCAUGGAGAUCCUGGACAUCGCCCCCUUUACCAAGAUGCGCAUCCGCAUUGAUGGCCUGGGCAGCCGACCAGAGUGGUUCCUGGAGAGGAUCCUGCUGAAGAACAUGAACACAGGCGAUCUGACCAUGUUCUACUAUGGGGACUGGCUGUCCCAACGGAAGGGUAAGAAGAUGCUGGUGUGCGAGAUGUGUGCUGUGAUCGACGGGGAGGAGAUGAUGGAGUGGACAUCCUACACAGUUUCUGUGAAGACCAGUGACAUCCUGGGAGCAGGCACAGAUGCUAAUGUGUUCAUCAUCAUCUUUGGAGAAAAUGGGGACAGUGGGACCCUGGCCCUGAAGCAGUCAGCCAACUGGAACAAGUUUGAGCGGAAUAACAUGGACACAUUCAACUUCUCUGACAUGCUGAGCCUGGGCCAUCUCUGCAAGCUGAGGGUUUGGCAUGACAACAAAGGGAUAUUUCCUGGCUGGCACCUGAGCUAUGUUGACGUGAAGGACAACUCCCGAGAUGAGACCUUCCGCUUCCAGUGUGACUGCUGGCUCUCCAAGAGUAAGGGUGACGGGCAGACCAUUCGUGACUUUGCAUGUGCAAACAAUGAGAUCCGUGAUGAACUGGAGGAGACCACCUACGAGAUUGUCAUAGAAACAGGCAACGGAGGCGAAACCAGGGAGAACGUGUGGCUCAUACUGGAGGGCAGGAAGAAUCGAUCCAAAGAGUUCCUUGUGGAAAAUUCUUCCAGGCAGCGGGCCUUUCGGAAGGGAACCACAGACACAUUUGAAUUUGACAGCAUCUUCCUAGGAGAUGUUGUCUCCCUCUGCGUAGGCCACUUGGCCAGGGAGGACCGGUUCAUACCCAAGAGAGAGCUGGUGUGGCACGUCAAGACAAUCACUAUCACAGAGAUGGAAUAUGGCAAUGUGUACUUCUUCAACUGCGACAGCCUCAUCCCCCUCAAGAGGAAGAGGAAGUACUUCAAGGUAUUUGAGGUUACCAAGACAACGGAGAGCUUUGCCAGUAAGCUCCAGACCCUGGUGCCAGUCAAGUAUGAGGUCAUUGUGACGACAGGCUACGAGCCAGGAGCGGGCACCGAUGCCAAUGUCUUUGUGACCAUCUUUGGGGCAAAUGGGGACACGGGCAAGCGGGAACUGAAGCAGAAAAUGCGCAACCUCUUCGAGCGGGGCAGCACCGACCGUUUCUUUCUGGAGACGCUAGAGCUGGGCGAGCUGCGCAAGGUCCGGCUGGAGCACGACAGCAGCGGUUACUACUCAGGCUGGCUGGUAGAGAAGGUGGAGGUCACCAACACGAGCACUGGGGUGGCCACCAUCUUCUCCUGUGGCAGGUGGCUGGACAAGUCUCGGGGGGAUGGGCUCACCUGGCGAGACCUCUUCCCCUCUGUCUGAGAUGCUCUAGUACACCUUCCAGUAUCUACCUUGUUCAUCAGUCAUCUCCUGAGACCUUCAGGAGUGGGGACUAGGGGACAGCAGGCCUGUGAGACUCUUAUAAGUCCUUGCUUCUUGUGACUGUGGGAUCUUGGUCUCCACCUUCUCCAUCUCAUAGACCUACAGGAAUCAGACUCAGCAUGUCAUAAUCCAUCUCUGUACAAUACCAUUUUAAAUUUUCUCUCCUUAUAAUAACAGCGGUGCCCAGACUUGCUGUGGAUGGAAAGUUGGGGCUUCACCCAGGGGAGACAAGUGGGGAAGGAGAGGCC